AUAAACAAGAUUAACCGUAUGAGAUACCUUAUUUAGUGGUUAUACAGAACAAUAUAAGUGAUAUAUUGAGCACGACGCUGCUCACCACAGCAGGAACACUUCCCUGUAUAGACACUUGGAGAAUUUCCAAAAUGUAACACUGUACUAUAGUCAUUGUAAUAUUAAUACCAUUCAUUCAAGAUGGGAUUUACAUCUACAUUUAAAUUUGUUACGCUAGGAGCGCGUACUCGUAUAUUUAGAAAGUUCAGGGGCCAGCCACCAAAAACAUACGAUUUAAUAAGGAAUCAGAUAGAUAGAUUGCUGAGAGAAGGUAGAAUAGAACUCACUCUUCCUAGAGCCAAGGAGCUACAGCAAUACGCUGAAGAGAUCAUUUUCCAUGCAAAACGAGAUUGCCGAGAGUCAGACUUAAUUGUGGAGAGUGUACUGCGCACACCGGAGAGCAGGAGUCUAUUAUAUGAGAAAUACGUGCCGUUGUACAAAGAUAGACGAUUCUUCUUCACAAGAGUGGUUAAUCAAUGGAGACUACGAUUCAGAGACAGUGCUCCAAUGGCAUAUCUAGAGCUUGUGGACAGACCAAACGAAUUACGUCCAGCGAAACCAGUUGGAAACGACAAAAUAUCGCAUGUAUAUUCACUUAUGAAGAACAGCAGACGAGAUUUUAGGAAAUAUUACACGUACGCCAAAAAGGUUGGACUUAUUGACGAAACUGGAAACCUUGUGGAGAACUUGGGUUCAAUUGUGGAACAUGAUAAAAAGUGGUUUGAGAAUGAAGAUAAUAUAUCGACGGUUGACGAAGCGAAGUUGACAGAUGAGAGCAUCAAGAAGAGAUUAGAAACAAUAAGAUCGAUCGAUUUAUCUACUGGCACAGCCAGGGAAGUAUUCGACACUACCUAUACACCCAACAAUGGUUCUAAAACCAGCUCCAGGGUUCCCAGAUUCAACCCAUAA